UUAGCCUUUGCCAUCAUGCCGCUCUCGUUUCUUCUUCCUCCCCUUUCCACCGCUCCUCCACCGCGUGCUCGCCAUGGCGCCCGCCUCCAGCCACCGCGGCCGUGCGCCAGGCGCAGGAUCCUGCGCGUUAGGGCGUCGGGGGAGGCCACGCCGCCACCUUCCAGAACCCAGAUGAUUAUGGAUAAGAUUUCUGGUGGCGAUGAAGUUGGCGGUGCUGGUGGGGCUUACUCAUAUGAGGCGUUGAAAAGACUGGAUCGACUAUGCUCUAGUAUAUGUGAAUCGCAAGUAGACUCCAAUGUCCCUGAAAUUGUUACUCGCGUCCAAGGGCCAUCGCUUGAUUAUGAUCUUGGUUCUGACUCAAAGAUCUUUGAUGUACUAGUGUGUGGAGGCACAUUAGGUAUUUUCAUAGCUACUGCUCUCAGUUAUAAAGGCCUUCGGGUUGGAAUUAUCGAAAGAAACAUAAUCAAAGGGAGGGAACAAGAGUGGAAUAUUUCGAGAAAGGAGCUUAUGGAAAUUGUGGAAGUUGGCAUCCUUUCAGAAGGGGAAGUUGAACAGAUAAUCACAAGUGAUUUCAAUCCCAAUAGAUGUGCAUUUGAGAAUAAGGGCGAAAUUUGGAUGGAGAACAUUCUUCACCUUGGAAUAUCGCCUGCUAAACUUAUUGAGAUCAUGAAAGAGCGCUUCAUUUCUUCAGGAGGAGCAAUUUUUGAGGGAAAAAGUUUGUCAAGCAUUUCGGUUCAUGACGAUCUUGCAGUACUAAAAUUGAGCGAUGGUGAUUGUUUGCCUUGUCGACUUGUUGUUGAUGCUAUGGGUAAUUUUUCCCCAAUUGUGCGACAGAUCCGCUCCGGUAGAAAACCAGAUGGACUAUGUCUUGUUGUUGGUGCUUGUGCUCGUGGGUUUGAAAAAAAUACAACAAGUGAUGUUAUUUUCAGUAGCUCAUCAGUAAAGAAAGCUGGAAAUUUUGGAGUACAGCUCUUUUGGGAGGUAACUACUGUUUCUUUCAGUACUUCUGACACAAAUUUGAUGCUGAGAAAUGGAACUAAGAUAUCUAAAUUACAAAAGCAUUUCUGCGCAUACCACAACACAUUUUGUUAAAACAAAGCACCUCCA